UGAAAAUGGUGAACUCUAUUCCUCUGCAGACACAAAACGAGGUAGAUUAUCAUCAUCAUCAUCACCGUCGAUAUUUAGCCAAGAAAAAGUCCAAAGAAGCGGCUAACAGACAUGCCAAGGCUGAAAGUGAACGCAGGAAAAGAAUCAAUUCUCACCUUUCUACUCUCAGGAAACUCUUUCCCGAUCUCACUAAAAAGGAUAAACCGAGGGUGCUAACGGAGGCCGUUAAGGAGCUGAAGGAGCUUAGAGAGAAGGUGGCGGAGAAGCUGGAAGAGCAUCAGAGCGGGGGGGAAACGCCGUUAUUUUUGCCGGGGGAGAAUGAUGAGGUGGCGGUGGUCCCCUGCGAUGGAGAAGAAGAAGGAGCGUGGGCGGUGAAAGCCACGAUUUGUUGCGAGGAUAGGCCGGGGCUGAACCGGGACUUGACGGAGGCGGUUCAGUCGGUUAAAGGACGGGUGGUGAGGGCGGAGAUGGCGACGGUGGGAGGGCGGACCAAGGUGGACGUGGUGGUCCGGUGGUGCAAGGAACAAGGCGGCGGCGGCGGCGGGGAGAAGGAUCUUGGGUCGCUUAGACGUGCCCUUAAGGCCGUUGUGGAAAAUCGGUCGUUGGGUAUGUUGUUGUGCCGUAGGUUGCGGGCCGAUACAUGGCCCGGCCCGAAAGUCGACGAGCAUGCUAACAAUUCGGCCCAGAUAUGUAGUUCUCUUAGUAAUGGAUCUGGACUUCCGGAUAGUUUGCUAUUGAAUACAGUUUAA